GCCUACGCAUGCUCAUGUUUGAUUGGAAAUUGCAGUGCCUUAAGUCAGUGCUGUGGGGUAUCUGUCAAAGGAGGGAAAGAAACUUGUGAAUGAGAACUUUUUUAUCUUGAGUAUCUCUUUAUCUGGUGGGACAUGGGUUCAAAGAGGACAGCCACACGCUCCUCUUCUUGGAAUGGAAGCUCCAGCAAUGGGGAUCACACCAAUGGGAGUAGCCGGCCUGGUGGCUCCAGCUACCUCUCUAACGUGAGGCCGGAAAACAGGAGCACACUCUGCAGUGUGAUGGCACAAUUAACUGAGGAAACGCAGCCCGCCUUUGAAACAACCCUCAAGUCAAAAGCUGUGUCAGAGAAUAGCAAUGUAAAGUUCUCAUGUGUGGUUACAGGAUACCCUACCCCUCAAAUUAUUUGGUAUAAGGAUGAUAUGCAAUUAGACAGAUACUGUGGGCUGCCUAAAUAUGAAAUAUUCCGCAAUGGACAAAACCAUUCACUGCACAUUUACAAUUGCACUGUGGAGGAUGCAGCUAUAUACCAGGCCUCAGCCAUCAACAAUAAAGGUAUCGUGUCCUGCUCUGGGGUUCUGGAGGUCGGGGAAAUGAACGAGUUCAAGAUCCACCAGCAAUACUUUGCAAAGCUCAAACAAAAGGCUGAGCACAGGCGCAAGGAAGCGGAAGGUAAGGAAAACCAGGAGCCGCUACGAACCAUCAGUCCAGAUCGUACACAAAGGAAACGCCGCUCCACAAUGGAGGCCUUCCUUAGCUUGCCAAGCUCCAUGGAGGAUGAGGGCAAUGAAGAGAGCCAUCAGCCUGUGGCUGUAGAAACUGAGGCCAGGUUGCAAGAGGCUACAGUGGAGGACUUGGUUGAAAAGCCAGUCACAAAUGGACAAGUUGUAAAUGAAAAUGGAAACAAGGGCGGGACAUACAUUAAUGACACAGCCCAGAAGAUUUUCACUGCACACCAACCCAAAACUACCUUCGUCAAGAAGAAGAUUAAAAUUUCUAACAGUGCAAAAAUUGCAAAAGCAGAUACACUGGGAGAGAAGGUGUCUGAGGAAAGAAGGGCAAAAGACAAGACCUCAACCUCUGUAGCUCUGGCCUGCAUAGAUUCAGUAAAGUCUAAGGGGAAUUCAGAAGAGGUUGUGAAGAAGAUUGUUAGUUCUUCGAUUGUUGAUUCAGACUCGAGAAACCCAACAGAACAACGUCAGAAAUCAGUAACUGAGGAAGGAAUGCUUGUUGAAAGGCCUUCAAAGGAUGAGAGUGUAUGUGUUGUGCCUUCACAGAGAGAACAGCUCACUGUGUCAGUAUCUCGUGCUGCUCUUAAAUCUACAAGUCAUUCUGUUUCAGGAACUGAAGGUAAACAAGCUGCAAAGCAUGAGAAGGAGGCUGGACACAAAGACAUAGAAGAAAAUUUGGAAAAACGGAAACAAAGUCCUUACCUCAACCUCAACGUUACCUCAACACAAUUACAGUCAAGUGUUGCAUCAACACUCUUAAGCAUAUUAAAGGAGGACAUUAUUAAAUCAGAAGAUGCUACAGCCAUGGAUAUUGAUGAGAAGUCAGAUACUUCCACUGGUGGAUCUAUAUCACACAGAGACCUCAAGUCAGUGGACACACUGUGUGAAAACAGGACUGCUUUGCCUCAGCGCCCAUGUGAACAGGCUGGAGAUCAGCUGUCUGAGAAGGAAACAAGCCCCUGCCUGGGAAAUGUGUCUGCGUCUCCGCCAGCCCGGCUGAGUGAGGUUACACAGGCCCAUACAAAGAUGAACAGGAAUGAUGCACCUGUCAGCCUUGAGCUUCCACCCGACCAUUGCAUGAUGGGCACCCCACCACCACAAAAGACUCCAUCAGAGAGAGAGACCACAACAGAUGGCAUCCAGACUCUUUCUUUGCACCGUGGUGUUCAAGCAGCCAUCGACAAAAUGACAGAGGACACAUGCAAUCAUUCCAGGCAAUCAAAUGAAAGCCACACAGUCCUUUUUACAGACCUACAGAAGUCAGCCCUCGAAAGCCCUGGUGGUGGUGAGGACACUGGAGAGUGUAACGUUUCGUCUACCCCCCUGCAAAGCCAAGUUGAUACAGCUAUAAAAUCUGUUGAAAGUACAGAAAUACAAGUUGAUGAGAAGGUAGAGGGUAAGAAGUUUGAUAAAUUAUUAGUGCAGGCUGACAGUGUGGCCCCAAAUGAAAAGACAGUUGAGACUGAAACUGCUACUCUACAUAUAGUUGAACAAUCUAAAACAGAAAAGACCAGAGAUUCAGUGGAUGAAGACGCUGACUGUGUCAUUGUGGAAGAAUCUUGUAAAGAACCAGUAUCAAGAAUAGCAGAGGAAAGUAGUUUGGACUUACAGAAUCUAAAGCAAGAUGAAUUUGAGACUGCUAUGCCACACGUAACAAAUAAUCCAGAAAAUCCGAACACACUGGAGCAAAUUAUGGGCUUCAAUGAAAUUACAAAACCUGUAUCAAAAGUCAUAUCUAUCGCUGAACUUCUGAGAUCACAAAUAAAGGCACUUGACCUCACGCUAGCAAAUUCAGUGCCCACCAUACCAGUUCAUGCUGACUUUGUACAAGAACCUACAACAACUGCUACAGAGACAUGCCAGGAAUUAGGAAAUGAUGACAGAAAAUGUAAACUGGAAGUGAAGAAGUCAAUACCUGACAGGAAAACUGAGACAAUUGACGAUACUUCUGCUGCAAAUAUAAAGGCAACACUUGCGGAGGUGUAUCAUCAGCUAAAUAAAACUGAUCAGGAUCAAAUUCAGACUCAAGGUGCAACUUCACCACCUGUUCAGGCUUUAAAAAAACCUCUUGUUAUAGAGGCCACAGUACUUCAUGCCAGUGCAAGAAAAUAUAAUGAAGUUGCUACAGACAUUGUCCAGGAAACUGGUGCAUCAAGUCUGGUUCCUUCGAUCGAUUGCCCUGUUGUCUCACUCGUUGAGAGUGAAAAUGUUAAACAUAAAUGUCUUCCUUCAGCUUCUAAGGAAGAACUGAACAACAGACCUACAUCAAUUUCAAACCUAUCUGGAACUGUCAGUCAAGGAUCUGGGACUCCUAUAAAGGCCAGUAGACAGGGGUCAAUUUUGGAGCAUGCCCAAGAUGAACCUGUUCAAGGCAAAGACAUGGAAUCAAUACAAAAAUUAACUCCAGAAAUUAAACUCAACAGCAAAACUGAAAGGGGGAUUACUGAAAUGAAUUCCACAACACUUUUAGAUCAAUGCAAAAUGGAAGAACAUAACACAAACACCAGUUCUUUGCAGGGUGUACAAAAGUUUCCAAAUCAAAGUGUAUUUAGCAAAGAUACACAAGAGAAUAAUCUUCAACUUCUUCAGCAGGACAGCCCUAUGGUUGAAGAAUUUUCAAGGAGUGACUCCUUAAUCAAUCCAACUCUUGAAGCUAGUCCGUUGUUAAAGAAAAGAAAUUGUGUUUCACCUAUUCCCUCUGCUACUCCACAAGAGCUGGCCUCUGGGGCCCGUCGCAAAAUCCUAAUACCCAAGGGUGAACCUGAGGAGGCCACAGAGGCCACAGAGGCCACAUCGUCCGUUGCUAACCAAGCUCAGAAAAAGGAGGUUUCUACCCAGAACAGCAAGCUUUCCACAAGUCUUGUGACCCCCUCUAUGUCUCCAAUCCUGUCUCGACGGUCACCUCUACUUCAGCCGGCUGGUGAACGAACCUCUCCUGUAGAAAGGCGUUCUCCGCUCUUGAGCAGGAGAAAGACAGCAUCGGAGACUCUAGCACCAAGCCAGCAGCCCAUUGAGGAGAUCCACACCCCAAAAACUGAGGGAAAACCUACAGAGAAGGACAAGCGUGACCCAUUCAAAGCUCCUCAAGUUAUUCGCAAGAUCAGGGGUGAAACCUUCGCAGAUGCCUCAGGACACUUGAAACUAUGGUGCCAGUUCUUCAAUGUUCUUAGUGACUCUACAAUCAAAUGGUACAAAAAUGAAGAGGAGAUUGCUCAGAUGAAAAGAACUGCAGGGGAUGAAACUCAGGUCAAUCUUGCUGUUGUUCAAGCAUCAUGCAAAGAUUCCGGUGUUUAUGGAUGCUCAAUCACAAAUGAAUAUGGGACAGACUCAACAGACACACUGCUUAGUGCAGAUAUCUUAGCAGGAAUGUCCCUACGUGAGGAUCUUGGUGUUGGAGAAGAAAUCGAAAUGACACCCCUGAUAUUCAACAAGGGUGUGGCUGAUUCUGGCGUCUGGGGCAACAAAUUAUUUGGACGUAUAAUGAUGAAGGAAUCUCAUAUUGGUGAUGGCUGUUCUCAUAAAGUCUGGAGGGCAAAAGUCAUCUACGGUCUGGAGCCUGUGUUUGAGUCUGGUAACAUGUGUAUCAUUAAAGUAUGCAACCCUAUCGCCUAUGGAGGCAAAGAAGAAAGCUGCCUUAUAGAAAGAAACCUGGACAUUGUCAAGCAGGAGUGUAAAAUUCAGAACUUAGCUCGUGAAUACUGCAAAAUCUUCUCCGCAGAGGCAAGAGGGAUUGAAAACUUUGGCCCCUUCCUUGAGGUGGUUCCAGUCUACCUAAUGUACCGACCAGCAAACACUGUCCCCUAUGCCACUGUGGAGGCGGAUCUGACAGGAGUCUAUCAGAAAUACUCCGUACUGGAUAAUACAGGCAGAAUAGACGUGAGGACUGGCUCUGGGGUUGAGCAAAAAUGCUGUGCCCUGCAGCACUGGAUCUUUCAGUGGACCAAUGGCAAUCUGCUACUCACUCGACUAGAAGGUGUUGACACGAAGAUCACCAAUGUUGGGAUUUCAGUCAAAUCUACGGGGCAUCAAGGACUAUCUGUUGAAGGGAGUCCUAAAGUUUUUGAGCAGUUUGUCUCCGAGCACCAGUGUAACUACUUCUGUGGGCUGCUUGGCCUGAGGUCACUAAAGGUGAUGGACUCCUUAUUGACACCAGCGAAGCCCAAGGGCUCCAGGAGCCCAUUACUCCAACGCAAGAUGGCUGCUGGUUCCUCCAGCCCUCAGACUGGCCGGAAAGCUGCUGGCAGCCCCAGACUGCCAAGAAAGGCUGAGCAAGAAGGAGGAAAGAACCCCACUAAACAAAAACCUGCUGACGCUCCUAAAGUUGUUAAGAUGGCAUAGAAUAAUGAUCUCUUAGAGAUCAAAGAUAUUCACAUAAAGCCCAGGAGGAGCUGGAGGGAAGAUAGACGACAAAUGACACUUCAGAAGUUCAAAACCCUUCAGAGACCAGGGAAGGAGAUUAAUAAAUAAUAUGACUUAAGUGAAUUUCAACAGCCACCAUUCCUUGCAAUGAUCACUUAUGGAGGACUGAUGCCCUCACAUGUUGUGGUGAGUCACUAUUGUGCCUUGCAUUUAUGUUGAAAUCCAAGGGCUAAAGCUGUUGUGUAAUAAGAAGUAGAUGCUUUCCUGGGUUUGUAUUCUAUCAGUCCAUGUACCAUCGGUCAUAGAUUGUGGAUGCUAGUCUCAGGUCAGUGUAUUUGUACUAUGUGACGACAUAAAACAAUUUGGGCUAAAGUGGCAUUGUAUGUUGUCCACUUUAUGUGUAAUUUUCAGUGUAAGAGCACAAUUUUUAUUCUUCUGUAAUCACCCUUUUCAAUUCAAGAAAAAAAAUCAUAACAGGGAUAUACAGUAAGCCACAUGGUCACGUCGCAUGUUUUAAAGGCUGGGAGUAAACAACCCUUUUUUCCACGUAUCAAUCCAAAUGUGGCUCCACAUGACACUGUUGUACAGUGGCUAAUGGUGCUUUUAUAUUGUAAUCUGUCAUGUUUACUUGCUAUUUUGCAUUGCACUGCAUUUUUAGAAACUGCACCUUUAAAUGCAACUGGCUGUAAAAUAAAAGAUAUAAUUAUGCAUUGUAUGUCUGGAGAGGCUGUGAAAGUGCAUGACAUAUGCUUUUUAAAUUCUGUCUUUCUUAACAGAAAUUAGCAUAUUAUGGGGUGAGCUGAGUAAUGAAAGCCAUCACACCCAGUCUAUCAGACAUCAGCACUGACUCAUUAUCACAUAUAUCAUCUAGAAAGAUAAGCGACCCGGUGUUAUCUCAGUGACUCCUAUUAUCUGGCACGGCUCCGUCACAUUCCUUUCGGUCUUCAUAUUGUCAUGCACACAUAUUUACAGCACGAGUAUGAAAAGGGUUAUUUGGGCAGAUUAAUUUAGACAAUUCUUGUAUAGCGACAAUUUAUUUUUAGCUUUUUUUUCUCCAGCUACAUCAGAAUUUUAUAAAAAAUGGAAAGCUGAUCUACUUUGUUGUAUCAUUAUACUGUAUCUAUCCCGUAGCAUUCAAGUAGAGCAGUCAAGAACAACAAAGCUAUCUUAGAAGAAGGACUUAAUGUCAGAUGAUCAUGAAAAUCAGUGGGAUCCAUUGUCUGGGGACCAUGAAUGUGAAUUUAAUGCAAUCCAUCUAAUGGUUGAUGAGAUAUUUGAGUCCCAACCAAAGUGGUGGACCAACCACCAGCCUGACUGCUAGCAUGGCUAAAACUUACAUCCCAUAUUCACUCACAGAUCCAGAACAAUUUGUUUUCAUAUAAUUUUGAGUCAGACCAACAAUUACAUUUGGAGUAAAUGCAUGACAGGAUUCCUCACUUUAUUCUGUAGCAUAUUCUGAAUAUCCAACAUGACAAAAGACAUAUAUUGUAGCCAGAAAAAAAAAGACUGUUGAGCCAUUGCAUGCUUAGUAGCAGUACCACUCAGGGGUCAAAUCAGAUUCCUUCACAGAUAUUAGAGAAUGAAGUGUUGCUUGCAACCAGUGUGUGUUUGCAGGGUGAAAGGCUAACUUUACUGUGACAAUCAUUUUUGAUUCCCAGUGAUUAUUGAGUCAUCAUGUCAUCGUUUAUGUAAGCGGUGGCCUCACGCACAAGUGUGACCAGUACUGGGAAGCUAAAUGCAAGUUCAAGAAAAAAGUUCACUUAGUGUCACUUCACAUGUUGUCCAUCGGCAUUAGAGGAUCAUAUUGUGUCAACAUGGGGAAAAGAUCACAGAUUUUAGUGUGACCUAGCAGAUGAUACUGUUAUACAGUACAUAUUUCUAACACGCUAGUAUUUUUUUUAAUUAUCCGUGAUAUAUCUACUGUGUUGGCAUAGGACAAAAAUAGAAGGACUGCCAGUACAAAAGAAAUCUUUUACGUUGGUGUUUUGGUCUUAUAGAGUCUCAAUGAGUGUAAGUCUACAAUGAACUUCAGACACAAGUGAAAACACUACAGGAUUACAUGAAUGUACAGCUUGCAACUAUUUGUAAUAAGCUCUCUGUUAUCUCCUGUUAUGAAAAUGACAAUAAGCCUGCAAAUGAUAUUCACUUUAAAAGCAUUGUGUAUGACAGCAUUUACAGAUUUUCUACUGUGUUUCCU